AUGGCUACGACAAUGUGUUUGGUCUCUGGAUCGUUAAUAUGGAUCAACAGCUUGCUUGAUAAUGUAAUAGAGAUUAAUAAAAAUCUGCGUAUAAGUUCUUCGUACUUAUUCAAUAAACAAGGAUUCAUAGGACCAUUUUUUGCCUUUGAGAAUUUUUCUCAACUAUCCUUCAAGAAAUAUGAUAAGGGGAGAGAAAUGAAAAAAAAUGAUGGCGAGUAUGGAAGCUGUGACCAAUAUUCAUCUGUGAUCGUCAGGAGGUUAAAAAAUGCUUUAGUAAAAGAAGUAAGAAUGCUGAAUACGAUGCCCGUGGAUCAUUCAGUUGAGAACGAAGUAGUGAAAAUUUCUUCGGCUUCUUUAUCAAAAUCUCACUCGAGUUCUUAUUCAACUUCCACCGAGUUCUACCGGUUACACGUAAACCCAGUAAAAUCGUAUUCGGAUGUCUAUAGACAUUCGCACAAAUCUUCGUUUUCUGCCGUCAUUUCGUCACACGUUCCAAGAUUUAAAUAUUCCGAUCUACAUUUACUUAAAUAUUGUCAACAUCGAUUCGGAAAUCUUUACAACUCUGAUACAGGGAAGGUGUUGGCAAUGUGGGGUAUGAUUAUUAUGAUAAUAAUUGGAUGCGUUACGGUGGCGUAA